GAAUACGUAACCACCGCAACGUUACGAGACCCAGCGAGCUGACGGUGUAGGGUUUUGUGGGUCAUGGAAGAGGAAGGUAAAUAAAAGAGGGGCGCUGCGAACACACGGUGCUAGGUGUCCGACUGUUGCUGAAAGAAUUGUUUCGGGCAAAGCUGUUGAAGCAGGAGGCGGAAGGGAUAUUCAGAGCGACCGGAGAGGAGGGACCGUCAUUGGGCUCCAGCGGCAGCUGUCGGCGUUUCAGGUGGUCUGGUUUGGGUUUGCCUCAUCCUUGUGUUGCCAUGGCGAUGCGGGAGUUGGUGGAGGCAGAAUGUGGGGGAGCCAAUCCCUUAAUGAAGUUGACUGGUCACAUGACCAAGGAAGAGGGUGCAUGGCGGCACCGUUCAACACCUACUAUCCCCCCCACUCCCAUAGAAAUUGCCACAGAGGAAGAGCUGGUAAAUGAGUUCCUCCAGGCGCCGCCGCGACCCCCUCACACGUUUGACAUGGGUCAGCUGCUGGAGGAAAUGCAGCAGAUUGACCAGCAGAGCUACAGACAAGCUCCGCAGAGAGCUCCAGAUGUGGCGGCGCUGGCCCUCUCCGGUGACUGGGCGGCCGAGUUCCUCUCAGGCUCCGACUCUGUGGCCGCGCCGGGGCUGGCUGCUCUCGGUGAUGCGGAUGCUGAUUGGACGAAGGAAUUUAUCACCGAGGCUGCAGAUCCUGGGCGCUGGGCGGAGGAGUAUCUGGAGCAGUCUGAGGAGAAGCUGUGGCUGGGGGACCUUGGAGACAAGGAGAGUGAAUGGACCAAAGAAUAUCUCCCUGGAGAAGAGCUGAGGCAGACUGCCAAUGAGCUCGUCUCAAAGGUUGAAGACCCCAAGUUACAAAACACAGAGUUCCUGCGUUUCAUUAGGCAGAUUGGCGAGGGCAGUGUGACAGUGGAGAGCAGAACAGACAAACAGCUCACAGAUAAAGCUCAGGCCGCGGAGGCUCAGAACUGGGCCUCCAACCUCAACCAGUUCCUGACGGAGACGGGGGGAGGGAGUCUUCCCUUGGAACCCCCCGAGAUGAAUAAGAAGAUUGAGAAAGUUAAAGCUAAACAGGCAAAGCGGUGGGCCAGAGUCGUCAGGCAGGUGUCGCAGGACUCAGCAGAAGCCUGGGUAGACGAGUUCGCCACAGCAGGGCCGGAUUUCCAGCAAGCCAAAGCUGCCGUUGAGGUGAGGCCAACCGUUCAGACGCCAGAGUCUCAAACCCGAAGCCAGCACAGUGAUGUGGAUUUCUGGGAGAAGCUGCAGCAGGAGUGGGAGGAGAUGGCCAAGAGAGAUGCAGAGAGCCAUCCCUGGCUCUCCGACUUCGAUCAGCUACUCAGCUCUUCUUAUGACAAGGGGUACCAAUUUGAAGAGGACAACCCUUACUUAUCCCACCCAGACCCGCUGUCAGAGGGAGUGAAGAGGAUGGAGGCGGGGGACAUCCCUGGGGCCGUGCGGUUCUUUGAAAGUGCCGUACAAAAGGAACCUGACAACCAGCUGGCUUGGCAAUAUCUGGGAACCUGUCAGGCAGAGAAUGAGCAAGAGUUUGCUGCCAUCAGCGCCCUCCGCAGGUGUAUAGAGCUAAAGAAAGACAACCUGACGGCCCUGAUGGCGUUGGCGGUCAGUUUCACCAAUGAGUCGUUGCACAGGCAGGCCUGUGAGACUCUGCGUGAUUGGCUGAAGCACAACCCAAAAUACCGCUCUGUGUGGGAGCAGCACGAGCGCGAGCGCCAGAAGGAGGUUGCCAGAGACAGGGAGAAGGAGAAGGAGAGGUUCGGGUCCCUGCUCCCAGAAUCUUUGUUUACUGACGUCCAGUCCCUGUUCCUGCGAGCGGCCAACUCUGACCCAGCCCACGUGGACCCUCAGCUGCAGUGUGGACUGGGGGUCCUCUUCAAUCUCAGUGGAGAGUACGACAAGGCGGUGGACUGUUUCAGUGCCGCGCUCUCAGUCACUCCACAGGACUACCUGUUGUGGAACAAACUGGGGGCCACAUUGGCUAACGGGAGCCGGUCAGAGGAAGCAGUGGCUGCCUACAGGAGAGCUCUAGAACUUCAGCCAGGCUUCGUCCGCAGCCGCUACAACUUGGGAAUCAGCUGCGUUAACUUAGGCGCACACAGAGAGGCAGUGGAACACUUCUUGGAGGCUCUGUCUCUCCAGCGGCAGGCAGCAGGGGACGGAGCUAAGUCUGCAAGGGGACCUGGAGGUGCAGCUGCCACAGUGAUGUCCGACAACAUCUGGUCCACCCUGCGCAUGGCUCUCAGCAUGAUGGGAGAGAGCUCGCUGUACACCGCCGCUGACCGGCGAGACUUGGACACUUUGCUGGCUCAUUUCAGCCAGAGGGAGGUGGAGGGGGGGACUGAAUGAGGAUCGUCACAGGGAGGGUUUAUUGAGUGUGAAUGUGUCCUGCUAGGAGGAAAAUGUUUCGGCGACUGAGUGGUGCGCGGAAACGACCGAAACGUGGCACAAAUGUUUCAGAGAAAUGGCAGAGGAAGACACUGUGAUAUCAGCUGUUCAAGACGAAAUAUUCAUCAUCUGGUUGUGUUUGUUCAAAGACCCUCGUAAGUACUGCAGUAUGUGUCUGCCCCGGGAGAGAAGCAGUCGGCAGUAAUCAAGUCAUGCUGCUGAAAUGCACGUUUGACGGCCCUCAUAUUUCCCUCUUUGCUGAUCUGUUGGAUGAACGUUGUUUUCAUUUACUUGAAGUUUGUUCUCAAAGGAGUAAGAAAGAAUGACAGCAUGAGUGUGUCCUUUCUGUGUUCGGUGGCCAGCAGUAUUAUGUGAGUCUGUACCCAGACACUCAGUACCCUCCCUGGUUAUAUUAACGGUCGGUAAUCUGUGAUUAUGUAGAUUAAAGGUACAGUAUUGCUGUGACAUUAAAGAAGAGUGCUGCUUUUCACUCAGAGUGACAAAGGUGCAGGUGCAGAGUAGAAGUCAAAGGCUGUGCAGUUCUGUUUUUUAUACUUUGUAAUUUAAUUUUUCUAGGGAUCAUUACUCUGCCAAGACAAUGAACAGACAACCAGCGGGACUGUUACCAUUAUGAUGAAAUGUGUGCUUGUGUGUGUCAAGAUUUCUUGCGGAACUUUUAUCGGAAAUUGGAUGAUAAAUUCACAUAAUAUGUCAGAAUAAUUUUCUUGGCCCCUUUCUUCCUCUCCUCACUCUGCUCUUGUAAAACAAAAUUUGCUUCAUUGUAAAAUAAUUCUAUAUGCCAUACUGCGUAUUGUAACAUAAUUGAUGCACUACAGUUGUUUUCAGGCUACUUAUAUCCUGACUGCAAUGUUUAAUAUGAUAUUCAGCAAUAAAGCUUUGAUUACAA